AGUUAACCAAAACCCACUGUCUUCGUUUAUUCCGCCAUUGCUUUAAAUACCAUUCCCCCAAUCACCUUUUCUUCUCAUCAUUUUACUCUCUCUCUAUAAUUCUCUCUCUCUCUCUAAAACCUUUUCAAACUCCAGUCAAUCGCCAUGGCAGGUGCUAAGAUUAAGAUCGGAAUCAACGGAUUUGGAAGGAUCGGUCGUCUCGUUGCUAGAGUUGCUCUUCAAAGAGAUGAUAUCGAGCUUGUUGCUGUUAACGAUCCAUUUAUCUCCACUGACUACAUGACAUAUAUGUUCAAGUAUGAUACUGUUCACGGUCAAUGGAAGCACCAUGAACUUAAGGUUAAGGAUGAGAAAACCCUUCUCUUCGGUGAGAAGCCCGUCACUGUUUUUGGCUUCAGGAACCCAGAAGAGAUCCCAUGGGGCUCUGUUGGAGCCGACUAUGUGGUUGAGUCCACUGGAGUCUUCACCGACAAGGACAAGGCUGCUGCCCACUUAAAGGGAGGCGCCAAAAAAGUCAUCAUCUCUGCUCCUAGCAAGGAUGCUCCUAUGUUUGUUGUGGGCGUCAAUGCACACGAAUACACACCUGAUCUUGACAUCGUUUCUAAUGCUAGCUGCACAACUAACUGCCUUGCUCCUUUGGCCAAGGUGAUUAACGACAGGUUUGGAAUUGUUGAGGGUCUUAUGACAACAGUCCAUGCCAUGACUGCUACCCAAAAGACUGUUGAUGGUCCAUCUAUGAAGGACUGGAGAGGCGGAAGAGCCGCUUCCUUCAACAUUAUUCCAAGCAGCACCGGAGCCGCCAAGGCUGUUGGCAAAGUUUUGCCAGCCCUCAAUGGCAAAUUGACCGGAAUGGCCUUCCGUGUACCAACUGUUGAUGUCUCGGUUGUGGACUUAACCGUGAGGAUUGAGAAGGCAGCUACUUAUGAGCAGGUCAAGGCUGCCAUCAAGGAGGAAUCAGAGGGCAAACUCAAGGGAAUUUUGGGAUAUGUUGAUGAAGAUCUUGUAUCCACCGACUUUCUUGGUGACAGCAGGUCUAGCAUCUUCGAUGCCAAGGCCGGGAUUGCUUUGAAUGACAACUUCUUGAAACUUGUCUCUUGGUAUGACAACGAGUGGGGAUACAGCUCUCGAGUUAUUGACUUGAUUUGCCACAUCGCGUCGGUCAAAGCCUAAAGGACAAAAGCAAAGGUGUGAAUCAUGGCGGUUUUUCUUUUUGAGUUUGAAUAACGAGAAUCCUUUUUGUUUUUUUAGUAGACUCGGUUCCUUUUUGCGAGUUUUGAUUUGGUUCCAUUGUUUCGGAAAACCAUUACUGAUUGUAUUCAAUCUUCCCUAGUAUAUUUUGAUGAUCGUUUUACAUUAUGUCUGAUAUUUGUCAAGUUGAAUAUGCAUCAAAGGUUUGAAAUUUAUAUUUAA